AUGCGUUCUUUCACCUUCGUCGCUCUUGCUGCUCUUGCUCUUGGAGCUAAUGCUGCCACUGUUAACAAGAGAGCCAUCUCUACUCCCGUACAAACUUGUAUAAAUGAUAUCAUUGCCGUUUCUAACCAACUUGAUAUCGUUACUGCCGAUGUUAACGCCUUCACUAGUUCUGCAGGUUACUCAGGCGCUAUUGCCAUCCACACUAAGGAACAAGUUCUCGAAACCAAGUUGAAGCAAGCUGGUACUGAUUGCUGUGCCGUCUCAGGUACUGUUACCGACGAAGAAGCCCAAGCUGUCCUUGCCGUUGUUAGCGAUCUUGUUCCUGAUGUAACUGCUGCUCUUGCUUCUAUUGUCUCCAAGAAGUCUCAAUUUGAUGCCAUCCUUUUGGCUACUACUCUUGUCAAGAAUGAUAUCAAGAAUUUGGAUAGUCAAACUAACACCUUAGACACCUGUCUUCUUGCCAAGACUCCUUCUGCUUACAAAACUCAAGCCAAUGGUUUAGUUACUCAAAUCAGUAAUGCCUUUGCCAGUGCUAAGUCUGCUUAUGGUAUCUAA